AUGUCGUCUCCAAAUCCAUACACCAAGCAUCCUUCUCCUCCGAGAAGCACCGUCGCCGCCCUGCCUUCGUCUGUCUCCCCCAUCGGUGGAGGAAUCUUAUGUAAGUCAGUUCUACUCGGUAUGUUUCUCCUCGCGUUGCCGUUGUUCCCUUCUCAAGCUCCCAAUUUCGUUGGCGAGACUGUGCUCACCAAGUUCUGGGAACUGAUCCACCUCCUGUUCGUCGGCAUUGCCGUAGCUUAUGGUUUGUUUAGCCGUAGGAAUGUUGAAUCAUCAAAUGUUGAGUUAAGGAUGAGUUGUGUAGAUGAGUCUUCCUUGUCUUAUGUAUCUAGAAUCCUCCAGGUCUCCUCUGUUUUCAACGAGGAGGAGGAGGAGGAGGUAGAGAAUCCCUGUAGUUUUGUCGAUGUUAGGAGUGAUAAGAUUGCUCUAGCUUCUGUGGAAGAGAGGAAUCAAUCUGAAUAUGGUGAAAUCAAUCAAGUCCAAUCUUGGAGCUCGCAGUAUUUUCAAGGGAGGUCUAAGGUUGUUGUUGCUCGACCAGCUUAUGGUCAUGUUGUGCACCAGUCACUAGGCUUGCCUGUUAGGAGUCUAAGGUCGGCUUUGAGAGACAGAGACAGUGCAGCUCUUGAGGAGAACGAGAAAGCUGAGGAGGAUUCAUUGGCUGCUCCGUCUUCUCCAUGGCAUUCUAGUCCUGAGAUGAUUGGAAUGGAGGAAGACUAUAGUUCUAAUUUCCAGCCUCUAUCGGUUGAUGAAACCCGGUUUACAACCCGCUCUUCUCGGUCUAGCGUUUCUUCACAAACUAGUGUUGAGUCUCAUGAUCAGAACAGACACUCGCCUUCUCGUUCUGUCUCUGGAGGGUCUUUAAACUCGAAUGUGGAGGAAAAGAGUCUUCAGGGUUCAUCACGGUCUAGCUCGCCAUCAUUGCCUCCAUCACCAUCAUUGCGUCCAUCACCAUCACUGUCUCCAUCACCACCAUCUCCAGAGUUAGUGACUGAUGAGACUCACAGGCGUGUCUUACAUUCUAGGCAUUGUAGUGAUGGUUCUUUGCUAGAAGAAGGUGUAAGGCAAGGAUUUGAAGAUGAAGUCAGAGGUUUUAGUAAGAAGGAACCAGGAUCUCAAUCUCUUAAACUAACUGCUGAAAGUUCACGAAAAGAAAAGAACAAGUCUCGCAGAUCUUAUCCUCCUGAUCUCAUCUCAUCACCUGAUCAUUCCACUACUGGAAGACGGUAUCUUCAGCAGAAGAGUGAUAGCCAUUUGUUAGAGUCUGGCCAUAACAAGCUGAGGGUCAAGAAGGGACGUAGCCACGACUCUUUGGAGUUAACAACAGUAAACUCUUUGGAGUUCCAACCAACGAAUGAUAAACCUUCAAGGCGUUUAAUGCGUUCUUCACGAGGUGGCAGUGACAAAGACAACAAAAGAAACUCAGAUGGUGAUGAUGACUCUGAGGAUUAUGAUAAGUCUAGAAAGAGAGAUCUUCCUGGUGAUAACAAGGAAGUGAGAUCAAACAACAGUCCGAGAUGUGAACCGCAAUCUCGGAGAGGUUCUAGUGAAGUUCCAUCGAGAGGAAAGUCAGUGAGGACCAUAAGAUCUGAUCGCAGCCAUGGGGAUUCAUCUGAUGAUAGGGCGGAAAGCCAUGGAAGAACAAAACCAAGAAGACAGUGGCAACAAGAACUAGCAAUAGUACUACACCAGGAGAAGCAUUCAGAGCCUGAAGAUGAUGAUGAUGAUGAUGUUACGGAAGAGACGGACUCCGAGGCAGAGCUACCUCAAGAAACCUUAGAGGAAGAAGAAGUUGCUGCUUGGGAAAGCCAGAGCAAUGAGCAUUACGAAGUUGAUAGAAAAGCUGAUGAGUUCAUAGCCAAGUUCAGAGAACAGAUUAGGCUGCAGAAACUUCAUUCAGGUGAGCAACGUAGAGGAGGUGGCACUGGCGUUAUCAGAAACAGACAUUUCAGAUGA